GCCAUCAACUUCUGCUGCCCGUCGCUGAACUUCUCCGUUUGGCGACUGUCAAUUUCGAUUCAAGGUUUCAUUUCUUUUUUCUUUCGAAAAAUGAAGAGAAUUUUCUACAUACCAGAAGAACUAGUGGAGGAAAUCCUGGUGAGGUUGCCACCAAAAUCUCUAAUGAGAUUUAAAUGCGUUUGUAAGUCUUGGUACGCUCUGAUCACUGACCCGUCAUUUGCUAACAAACACCUUCGCUUUGGUAUCGACAACAGCAAGAAAUCGUCCUCUGUAUCCUUAUUCUUGAGUUGGACUCGCCAGGAACUGUCAUUGGACCAUAUCUUCAAUCACCGUUUCUACGGUGAUCUUGAUAAAGUAUUCUCACUGGUCUCUGUCUGCGAUGAGGAUGAUAGUAAUAACAGCCACCUUCCUUGUGUUGUUCAAGAAAUUAAUUUACCACCUACUUUGAAACAUGAUACUGAUAGUUUCAUAAACUCUCAUUGUAAUGGAAUCAUUUGCUGGUUCAAUAGAAGUGGCUUUUGUGGAGAGAUUUUUUUGUGCAAUCCAUCACUCAACGAAUUCAAGCUUCUUCACACGCCGAGCCUUCUCCCUGAAUUCUGGCCUUCAGGAUUUGGAUUUGGGUAUGAUGCCAGAGCUAAUGAUUACAAGUUUGUUAAGCUUUUUCGAUCCGCGUAUAAUCCGAUUGCAAGUAGGGCUUUGGUAUAUACUCUGGGAAUUGAUUCUUGGAAGGAGAUUAAGAUGGAUCUAAAAGGUAAGUUCUGUUUGGCUGAUGCCAAGGGGGUGUACUGUAGAGGCGUUUAUUAUUGGGUUAACAAGGCUGUACCGGGUAGGGAGGAUAUGAUUCUUUCUUUUGAUAUGUCUGAUGAGGUAUUUCAUACCAUAGCAUUACCAGAUUGCAUAAAAAGGGUAGAUGGGCAAUCACCAAAGAGACUUGCGCUGUGGAAUGAAUCACUGGUCCUCUUUUUCACCCCGGCAAACUCAUGGUUUUCAACAUCUUUUGAAAUGUGGGUUAUGGCUGACAACGUUGGUGGUGUUGAAGGUGUUACUUGGACAAAACACCUUACGAUCAGGCCACAAAGGUUCAUUCAUUUGUAUUCCACAUUGACGUUUUGGAAGGAUGAUGAGAUUUUAUUCGAAACUAGAGAUGGACGUCUUGUAUCGUAUAACCUGUAUAGCCAAAAGCUUAGGAAACUUCCCAUUCAUGGAGCGGUGUUGCCAGGAAGGACUUCUGCUCAUUUAUAUCUGAAGAGUUUGGUCUCAGUCAGAGGAGGAACACAUGCAAAACAGCCGCAAAACUAGGGAAUGGACAGGAAUGCUAUAAAGUCGAAGAGCGUGGUUUGGAAAACAUACUUUUUGCUAGAACGUGG